UCGUGACCGUGUCAUCGUUUUGUCAUUUAGAUCGCACUUCUCUCUCUUUCUUGAAGAAGAUCGAAAAUGGCGGACUGGGCACCGGUUUUGGUAGGAGUACUGCUAUUUGUGCUGCUUUCGCCGGGGCUCCUCUUUCAGCUACCGGGACACAGCCGCCAUGUGGAGUUCGGGAGCUUUAAGACCAACGGCAAAGCUGUCGUCGUCCACACCAUCAUCUUCUUCGCCAUCUUCACCAUCCUCAUACUUGCCGUCGGCGUCCACAUCUACACUGGCUGAUCCGAUCCGAUCCAAUCCGAUCUGGUAAUACCUUUGUGUUUU